GGAAUGGCUCAAGGAGUAGAGUCCAAGCUGCGAGUAAGAAAGACAAAUGAGAGCACAAGACCCUGAGUUCAAGUUUCAUCCAUCUGGCGAAAAAAAAAAAAAGCAAGAUAAUAUCAGCCACCCAGGAAUCCAAGUAGGAGGAUCAGAGCCUGAGGUCAGCCCAUGGCAAAAGCACAAAACCCCACCUCUUCAAAAAACGUAAGAGUCAAAAGGGCUGGGGUCAGGUUCAAGUAACAGAGUACUUGCUCAGUACCACACAAAUAAAGUUGUUUUUAAAAAGUGGGCUUCAAUGUAAGCUGCACAUUAAAAUUUCCUCAUGAGCUCUUAGAAGUUGGUAUGGCUAGGCACACCCCAGACCAAUUAAAUCAGAAUCUUUGGAAAUAAGAGACAGGCAUCAGUGAUUUUUUUUUAAACCCCUGGGUAAUUCCAAAGUGUGACAAAGGUGGAGAACCACUGCUUUGUUUUCAGUAUAAGUGCAUAUCCAAAUUUCCCCAUCCUUGAAGACCUCAAUCACCCUUAUGAAGAAGUCAUCUACAGGUAACUUCACAGCAAACUGUUUCAGGGAGGCAAUCAAGUUCCUGUUUAAAAUCAUACCAAAUCACACACACACACACACACACACACAAAACCUGCCUUUUCCUCCCCUAAAGCAAGAUGAUGGAUAGAUGACUCAAAAAUAUGAACCACAUCCCAGCAGCACUGGCGAAACUGAGACAGGAAAACUGCAAGUUUGAGUCAACCUAGGGCUACACAGUAAGACUGUGCCAAAUGAGAAAGAGAAGGGGAGGAGGGAGAGAAGGGAAAAGUGGGAAGAAUUGGGAAGGGGUGAUCUAGAGCUAUAUGCUCAAAGGUAGAGCACUUGCCUAUCAUAUGCAAGGACCUGGGUCCAAUCUCCAUCGCUACAAAAAAAGGUAUGGCCCACAGGCUGCAGGAAGGCUAGGAAAGUUACUAUACCUACUCAGGCCUCCAUCACCUGGCAAGACCUCUAUGACCUCAUGCUGUAGCUGGUCACAACCCAACUCAUAGGGGCUCAUCUAACUGGGCAGCUUGGGGUUCCUGCAGCAGUCACUGCCCUUCCCAAUCCUUCCUAUACCCCACACCAUGUUGGUUAGUACCCCCCACUUGCUAACUCUGGAUGAAGCUGAUACCACUUGGACCCUCAUCAAAGAUAAGGUUAUCGAGGAGCGUUUUGGGUCCAAUGUAGUAGCAGUACCUUUCCUGUCGGAUGCCACCUGCUAUGACCUAUUGGGAGUUCUAGUGAAACAGUCCCGCCCAGCCCACACCCGCCUGGCUUUGCCCGGUAGGCAGGGCCGGAAGGCACUGAAGCCCGUGGGGCCACUACCAAGCCUUCUAGAACAGGCAGGGUCUGAGGGUGCCUUUGCCCACUGCACUCGGGAAUACUCACCAAAUGGCCGAGCUGAGAUAGCCUAUGAGGAGAUGCGACUGUUGGAUGGGCAGCCCUGCCGGAUCCGCCUACAUAUGGGUGGCCUGCGCAAGAAGGUUGCCUUCCUGUUGCUGCCACCGGGGCAGGUGAGCCUACAGCAGACUCUUCCCUGGCUCCGAAGCACCCACAGCAUCUACGUCAUCUACCAGGUCUUCUCCUGCUCCUGGCUGCAGCUGGGGUUGUUGCCUACAACCCGUGAGCCCCAGCUGCUCCGGUUACAGCGGUCAUUGCCUGUUGCCUUUUCCUGCCUCAAGUUUUCACUGCAGCCCAAGGGUGUGCUGGGACCACAGAAGCCUCUGAACAAAGACCCAUGGCCUCAUGGGGUCCACUGGGUCAAACCCAACCUCAGCAUCACACCGACCCUGGCCCCCACAUCAGCACCUGCUGAUAUCCCUGAAGCUGCUGAUGUGCCCCCUCCCGCCCCUGCCCCACCUACACCUACACCACCUCCCCAAGAAGGGCCUGAAGGCAGACCCACCAGAUUCUCCUGCAAGGGUCGAAACCCCUUCCGGAGGGGGCCCCAGAUGCUGUCAGAAAACUGGCUCUUCAGUCCCCGCAGCCCCCCACCAGGAGCCCAGGGUGGGGGCCCCGGGGACCCCGACCGGCACUCCAUGUCCCUGCCCCUGCUGCAGGGUCUAUCCUCGGAGUUCGACAGCGACGACUAAAGCUGAGGCAAGAGAUUCGGGGGGCAAGGCCCCCAAGAUCUGGCAUAGGGAUACUGAUCCCCAAUAAACAUCAACUGCUGCUCCCCCUAACCAUCCUGGGCCCAUGGUGCU